CAUAUAAUGACAUUCUUCUAUACAUGCCAAAAUAUGUAAAAGCCCAUUUAAACAUUCCUUUAGAGGUGGUAUUUUGGAGCAAAGACUAAGCGCUAGUAGCCAAUAUUAAAAAAUGCCUUUGAUGGAAACUUAUUGAGUUUACGACGUCUUCGUAAUUCGUGUAUAAAAAAUAACAACAACAAGACGGUGGGGAAAUCUUUAAUAAAAAGGAAAACAUGGUCUUUUCGACGUCUGAAACGCAAGGAUGCAAAGACAUUUUAAACAUUUUAGAUUUUUACGAACUCCUGUCACUUGUCGAAACAGUGACCAAAAAGAAAGUGAAAGUCACAAGCAAAACAGAAGCAAUCAAGGCAGUAAUUUUGUGCAGUGAAAAUGCAUUUCAAUUGUUGAAGAGACAAAAGAUAAGAAGGGACACCCUUUUGCAGUAUCUCGUGAACAAAGAGGUGGCAGUUGCACCAACCACUGACAAAUCUCGCUUAAUCCAAGUUAUUUUACAGCAAUGGGGCUCAAAUAUUAAUGAACAAGAUAUUAAAAUGAAAGAUGAGGAGGAUACCUCAUCAAGUAUCCCAGCAAGUUCUGCAUCUAGUAACUCCUCACAAACAAGUGCAUCAACCACUUAUCAAAAUGAUAGACAUGGCAGCUUUGAAAACAGGAAAGAGCAGGAAGAACAUAAACAAAAGUUGCCAGAACUUCGAGAUCAGUCACUUGAAAAGGGUGUGCAUGUUAAGACAGAAAUCAAACAAAAAACGGAUGGUCAUUUAUCUAAAGGCCAAGAAAACAUAUUGGUCCAAACAUUUUGUGAUACCGAGAAUGGUGCAAAGAAGAACGGAACGCCAGUUGAUGGGCAUCUUGAUGAGCAAUGCCUUACAACUCCUAUCAGUGUCAUACAAAGUCAUUGUGACAGUUCAUUGAACAAACCAGAGCUUCAACUUCUAGGAGAAACCUUCUCUAAAUGGUUUUAUGAGAAUGUGAAUUCCUUUAAUCCAGCUUUUGAACAAAAACCUGCAGACUUUGGACCCCACCAUUUCUGGAGUGAUGCAUUCUUGUUACUUAUUUCACAUACAACUGGGAUCAGUGAAGAACGAUUUGAAGGGGCUAUAUUGACUGCCCAAAGGUUUGUGGCUUUUACAAAAGAUGAAUUGCUGUUGUUUAAUCCAAAUAUCAGCCCUGAAGGAGUGUUAGUGAAAUCAGAUCCUUAUGGAAUGGUCAUGAUAUUGGUGUGUGGAACGAUUCACAGAGACCAUUCCUGUCUGGGAAUAUUUCAGCAAUUGUUUGCACUAAUCAAAGAUCCUAGGUUUGAGAACAACUGGAAAAUAAAGCAGACUAAAUUAAAUGUGAAGACCUCUUCAGUAGCAUCUAUGCCUAAGUUGGAUGCCAACCCAGAAAAGCAAAUGGAGCUGGUACCGAAAUGACUUUCUUAAUUCUCAUUCUUAUCUUAUCCAGUAGUAUGAGCUCCAUUAUAGCUGAGGAGAUAUGCCACACACAUUGAAAUGAAAGUAAAUUUAACUAUCGAUAAGAAACAUAUUUUAUCUAUGCCAAUUAUAAUACAUCUGGUGGUUACAACGUAGAAAUCCGUCUUUUGUGCGCUUUAAAACUUAAAAAUAAUCGGGUUUGUUGAAAUGGACGUAUACGUAUAGAAAUCCUACUUUCGGUUUUAAAACCGUACCGUUUGAAAAAUUAUAAAUUACUUGCUAACUAGGCUAUAGAUUUAAUUUUAUCUAUGCCAAUAAGAAUAUAUCUGGUGGUUACAAGGUAGAAAUCCGUCUUUUUGCGCGUUAAAACUUAAAAAUAGUCACGUUUGUCGAAAUAGACGUAUACAUAUAGAAAUCCUUCUUUCGGUUUUAAAAUUUAAAAAAAUAUAAUAAAUUACUUGCUUACUAGGCUAUUGAUUUAAUGGCAAUUUUGCACACUUUCAAAUUGCAUCUAUAUGUAUUUUAUUUCAAAGUGUGUGGCUGUAACAAAUUACUGAAAUCCUCAAGUACUGGUUCUUUGGAUUGUGGAUAAGGUGAAUAUCGACAAAUUGUAAGCUAGUUUUUGUACUGGUAAUAUGUGUAUUGAUAACAACAUGCCAUCAACUUUACAUUUUUGUUGAUCUAGGGUUUGAUAAGUAUUGAGUUUUUAACACAAAACGGAUCAGAUUGCUGAUUGCUGUCCAUCAGUUUACCUUUAUUGUUAAGUAUUUUAUGUAAAUAUACGGAUCAUGUAAGUGAAACCAGCAGACGGUAAACAUGUGAUGAGUAGAAAAAACUUGUGACAAUUGUGUAGAGAUUGUUAUAAUACCGGUAUUUAUGAAAUUAAUGUUGAGAUUGUUAUAUCUGCUUGUUACUUCUUGUUGAAAAUUAAACACAAACAAGGGAAAA